AUGGCCAAGUCUAAUGCUCCUCCCAUUAUUAAACCGGAAAAUUACGCGCACAGUCCGGUUCAUUACGCCGUCGUUUUGGGAGACCACACCACCCUCUCCAGAAUCAUCUCUUCCCUCCCACGUCUCCCCGACCCUUCUCUCAUCCAAACCGAGUCCGAUUCACUCGCACAAGAGAGAAUUGCUGACCAGAUCUCCGCCGCUCUCGACCGCCGUGACGUCCCUUACAGAGAAACCCCUCUCCACCUCGCCGUCCGACUUAACGACCUCUUCGCCGCCCGCGCCCUCGCCACUGCCGGCGCCGAUGUCUCCCUCCAGAAUUCCGCCGGCUGGAACGGGCUGCAGGAGGCUCUCUGCCGCCGCGCCUCCGACAUUGCGCUCGUCCUCCUCCGCCUCCAUCACCGCAAUGCCUGGUCUAAGUGGCGCCGCCGCCUCCCCCGCGUCAUUGCUGUCCUCCGUCGCAUGCGAGACUUCUACAUGGAGAUCUCCUUCCACUUCGAGAGCUCCGUCAUUCCCUUCGUCGGCAAGAUCGCUCCCUCAGACACCUACAAAAUCUGGAAGCGCGACGGCAACCUCCGCGCCGACACGUCGCUCGCCGGAUUCGACGGCCUCAAGAUCCAGCGCGCCGAUCAGAGCUUCCUCUUCCUAGGCGACGGCGAUCAGGUGCACGAUGUCCCCUCCGGUUCGCUGCUCGUUCUUAACCGCGACGACCGCAAAAUCUUCGACGCAUUCGAGAACGCCGGAGGACCGAUGAACGAGUCGGACGUGGCCGGAUUCUGCUCUCAGACGAGCGUGUACCGUCCUGGAAUGGACGUGACUAGAGCAGAGCUGGUGGGCAGAACGAAUUGGAGAAGACAGGAGAAGACGGAGAGCGUAGGGGAGUGGAAGGCGAAGGUGUACGAAAUGCACAACGUGGUUUUCAGUUUCCGGUCCAGGAAGGUUGCCGGCGGUGAGUCUGACGUGGCAGGGAGUGAGCAGGUCUUGCCUCUGGAACUAGACGAAGACGAGGACGGUUUUCUUGUGGCGGAGAAUCCGAAUUUCGGGGUUCCAAUGCUCGACAAGAGAAGACACAGUAGCUUCGUUCGAGAAGAGAGGGAGUGGGUCCCACUUGGAAGGAAAAGCGUCGACCUAACGUCCAUGGCGGCCCCACCUCCUCGAAGGCCGUCCACUUUGCCGCAGGCGCAGACCAAGGAGAAGGAAUACAUUAGAAGUUUACGGCCGUCAGUGUGGCUGACGGAGCAGUUUCCGUUAAAGACGGAGGAGCUUCUGCCGUUACUCGACAUACUUGCUAACAAGGUGAAAGCAGUUCGGAGGCUCCGAGAGUUGCUAACCACUAAGUUCCCCCCGGGAACUUUCCCGGUAAAGGUGGCGAUACCGGUGGUCCCUACGGUGAGGGUGGUGAUUACGUUCACAAAGUUCGUGGAGCUGCAGCCUCUGGAGCAAUUCUACACUCCCUUCUCCAGUCCAAGGCAUUUGCUUAGUGGCAGAGGAGAUGAACAACACAAAGCAGAAACCCGCUGUUCCUCCUCCUCCUCCUCAUCCUCAUCGUCGGUAGCAUCCACGUGGCUCAGAAGAAAUAACAGCGUGUCGAAUGGGGGGAAUAAGCAGCAGCAACGAUGUUCUUCCAUGCCAUUGGAUUCGGAGCCUUUCGCUAUUCCUGCUGGAUAUGCGUGGGCCAGUGUGGAUGAUAAAUCGCGCAAAAUGAAGAAAUCUAAGUCCGUCAGAAAGUCCAAGUAA